AUGGCGGCCCCCAUGUUGCGGUGCUUUUCCCGGGGUCGGUGGUGUAGGACCCCAGGCCCACCUGGAGUCUUGCUCCUGGGAUUACGUGAGUCCCAUUCGGGCGCUCAAGGGUUGUUGGCGGUGCAGAAGGCUCGGGGUCUGUUCAAGGAGUUUUUCCCCGAGAGGGGUACGAAUAUAGAGCUCCCAGAGCUCUUCGACCGCGGCACGGGCAACUUUCCCCAGACCGUCUACUGCGGGUUCGACCCCACGGCCGACUCGCUUCAUGUGGGGCAUCUGCUGGCGCUGCUGGGCCUGUUUCACUUCCAGCGAGCCGGCCACAAUGUGAUCGCACUGGUGGGAGGUGCCACCGCGCGUCUGGGAGACCCCAGCGGCCGUACCAAGGAACGAGAGGCGCUGGAACCAGAGCGCGUGCGAAGCAAUGCGCGCGCCCUACGCCAAGGGCUCGAGGCCAUGGUGGCUAAUCACCAACAGCUCUUCGCUAAUGGGCGCACGUGGGGAAGCUUCACGGUACUGGACAAUUCGGCCUGGUACCAGAAGCAGCACCUGGUGGACUUCCUAGCGGCCGUGGGCGGGCAGUUCCGCAUGGGCACGCUCCUCAGCCGUCAGAGCGUCCAAACCAGGCUCAAGAGUCCCGAGGGCAUGAGCUUGGCCGAGUUUUUAUACCAGGUGCUCCAGGCCUAUGACUUCUACUAUCUGUUCCAGCAUUAUGGAUGCCGGGUCCAGCUGGGUGGAUCUGAUCAGCUGGGCAACAUCUUGUCCGGAUACGAGUUUAUCCACAAGUUGACUGGAGAAGAUGUAUUUGGAAUCACUGUUCCUCUAAUUACAAGUACAACCGGAGCAAAACUGGGAAAGUCUGCUGGUAAUGCUGUUUGGCUAAACAGAGAUAAGACCUCUCCAUUUGAAUUGUAUCAGUUCUUUGUCAGGCAGCAGGAUGAUUUGGUAGAAAGGUACCUGAAGCUCUUCACUUUUCUGCCCCUGCCAGAGAUUGACCACAUCAUGCAGCUGCAUGACAAAGAGCCAGAAAAGCGGGGUCCUCAGAAACGACUUGCUGCAGAAGUUACGAAGCUUGUUCAUGGACAAGAAGGGCUAGAUUCUGCUAAAAGGUGUACGCAAGCCCUGUAUCAUAGCAGUACUGAUGCACUGGAGGUCAUGUCUGAUCAAGAGUUGAAAGAGUUGUUUAAAGAAGCUUCAUUUUCUGAAUUAGUUCUUGACCCAGGAACAAGUGUCCUAGAUACAUGCCGCAAAGCAAAUGCCAUUCCAGAUGGUCCCCGAGGGUAUCGGAUGAUAACAGAAGGUGGAGUCAGUAUAAAUCACAGACAAGUAACAAAUCCUGAGACUGUUUUGGUUGUUGGACAACACAUUCUUAAGAAUGGACUUUCAUUACUUAAAAUAGGAAAAAGGAAUUUCUACAUUAUAAAAUGGCUGCAGCUAUGAUGAAAAAUCCUUCAGGUGGUUCAAACAGACUUACCCAUCUCCUUCUCAAGAUGUACCAAAGGUUGGCUCCAGAACUUACACUUUUGCUCAUGCACGUCAAACCGCAGAGAAUGGAGCACACUCUAGGCCUCAGAGCGUGAGUAAUUUUAUUUCCACAGGGUGGUUAAGACAAGGGGCUUAUUACACAAUGAGGUAUUUUAUCUCCUGAGCCGCAGGUUAUAAGGACUACCACAGAAAACCGUGAUUGCCAGGAAUAAUCUCUUUUAAAAAUUCUGUUUCAUGAGAGAACGAUCUUAUCCUUCUUGCUCCCUUUUUAGAGAUGAGGAAAAACAGUGAAGAA